GCCAAACAGCGCGCGAUCAUUCAUUCGAGAUACACAUUUGGAUUUGUUUGAGAAGUUAUUUUUUAAUUGCUAAACACUGCUAAAACAACGUAUUUUCUAAUCUCGAUUGUGUAAAAUGUAGGCAUGUGAAGUUUUUGUUCUUUUUUCUUGAAUUUCUACUCACGGCUCACUUUGGGUUGAAUUAGGCUAAAAUAAUCACAAAAAGGAGGACCAGCAUAGGAGGUGGACCAGCAUAGGGGGUGGACCAGCGAGUUGAUAAAGGGAAGCAAGGUUUAAUGGUAUGUGAGUGAGAGGUUAAGGGCGGAGAGAGAAGGUGAUAGUGAAUAGGGCUGCGCGCUCAAGCGGGAGUGCGCGCGGACAGCAAAUCGGUCGGAGACUGGAGUCGCAAGGAUGGAGAUACGACCAGAUAGGUUUAAAAUCGUCGCGGGCCAGACCCUCGGAAAAUUACAUAAAAUCCUAGAGAAGCGSCAGGAAAAUGGCGAGACCAUCGAGCUCACCGAUGAGGGCCAGGCAGUUAUCGUGGAGGAGAAGGAGAUGCCCGUGGUGGACUGCACCUGCUUCGGCCUGCCACGGCGCUACAUCAUCGCCAUCCUUUCCGGCCUGGGCUUCUGCAUCUCUUUCGGCAUCCGAUGCAACUUGGGCGUGGCCAUCGUCAGCAUGGUCAACAACCAAACCAUCUACAAGGGUGACAAACCAAUCCUCGUGAAAGCUCAGUUCAACUGGGAACCAGAAACGGUUGGAAUGAUCCAUGGGUCAUUUUUCUGGGGAUACAUAGUAACCCAAAUACCCGGGGGAUUCAUCUGUCAAAAAUUUGCAGCCAACAGAGUCUUUGGCUUUGCCAUAGUGGCCACCUCAUGCCUGAAUAUGUUGAUCCCUUCGGCAGCACGAACUCACAUUGCCUGUGUUAUCCUUGUCAGGAUAUGUCAAGGACUCGUGGAGGGUGUUUCAUACCCAGCGUGCCACGGCAUCUGGGCAAAAUGGGCCCCACCUCUUGAAAGAAGUCGAUUGGCCACGACAGCGUUUUGUGGGUCCUAUGCAGGAGCCGUGAUAGCCAUGCCACUGGCUGGAGUUCUAGUCCAGUAUUCAGGGUGGUCAUCUGUUUUCUAUGUUUAUGGCAGCUUUGGGAUCUUCUGGUAUCUCUUUUGGAUCCUGGUGUCGUACGAGAGCCCGGCAGCCCACCCCACCAUCACAGAACAGGAGCGGAAAUACAUUGAGGAGGCUAUCGGAAUGUCAGCCGCUAACUCUACACCUGUUACGAAAUGGAACACGCCUUGGAGAGCCUUUUUCACUUCGAUGCCAGUCUACGCCAUCAUCGUGGCCAAUUUCUGUAGAAGCUGGACCUUCUACUUGCUCCUCAUCAGCCAACCUGCAUACUUUGAAGAAGUGUUUGGGUUUGAGAUUAGCAAGGUGGGCUUGGUGUCGGCUCUCCCCCAUCUAGUGAUGACCAUCAUUGUGCCGAUCGGUGGCCAGCUGGCUGACUACCUGCGCACAAACAAAAUCAUGAGCACCACCAACGUCCGGAAGAUGAUGAACUGCGGAGGUUUCGGAAUGGAAGCCACCCUGCUGCUAGUGGUUGGGUUUUCUCAUACGAAAGUUGUGGCUAUCACCUUUUUGGUUCUGGCUGUGGGCUUCAGCGGGUUCGCUAUUUCAGGCUUCAAUGUGAACCACCUGGACAUUGCUCCCCGCUAUGCCAGUAUCCUCAUGGGCAUCUCCAACGGGGUGGGCACUCUGUCUGGCAUGGUGUGCCCGCUCAUUGUUGGUGCCAUGACCAAACAUAAGUCGCGGGAAGAGUGGCAGUACGUGUUUCUCAUUGCUGCACUCGUUCAUUACGGUGGUGUUAUAUUCUAUGGACUUUUUGCCUCCGGAGAAAAGCAGUGGUGGGCAGAGCCCGAGCAACUUAGCGAUGAGAAGUGUGGAAUUCUGGAUGAGGAUGAGCUGGCCAAUGAGACAGAGGAGUUGUACCGUACUAGCGGAGAAGGAGGCUACGGAGCAACGAUCCAAGCUCAGGAUCCCAACGGAGGAGGAGGAGGCGCAGGAACCUGGGUCUCGGACUGGGAUAAGACUGAGGAGUUAGUACAACCACCAGGAACCAAUAGCUACCUAUACGGAGGAGAGGAAAAGAGGGAGCUAACAUAGAGGGACUUACAGGUAGGAGUUACAGAGUGGGGUAGCAGACAGAAAGAGUAGAUAGUUUCCUUUUGGCACAGGAACUUGGAAAGAGGUGGGGUGGGUGGCUGGGAUGAGGGUGAGGAGUGGAAGAAGGGGAGGACCAAAGUGUUAUUUACGGAGAACUGAAAAAGAUUGUACAACAGCGGAAAGAGGAUGAGCCAUGUACUAAGCGUCUGUACAGUGCUUUCGGAAAGUAUUCAGACCCCUAACUUUUUCCACAUUUUGUUAUGUUACAGCCUUAUUUUA